CAGCUCCCAUCCACCCAGUUUGCUUGGGACUCCAGCUCCCAUACGCCUCGUCUCCCCCUCGGACUCCAGCUCCCAGCUGUUAGGUUUGCCUGGGACUCCAGCUCCCAUCCACCCAGCUUGCUUGGGACUCCAACUCCCAUACGCCUCGUCUCCCUCUCGGACUCCAGCUCCCAGCUGCUAGGUUUACCUGGGACUCCAGCUCCCAUACGCCUGGCCUGGCUGAGACUCCAGGUUCCAGCUGCUAGGUUUACCUGGGACUCCAGCUCCCAUUCACCCAGCUUGCUUGGGACUCCAGCUCCCAUACACCUCGCCCCCCCCCAGACUCCAGCUGCUAGGUUUACCUGGGACUCCAGGUCCCAUCAGCCUGCCUUCCCUAAGAGGACUCCAGGUUCCAGCUGUUAGGUUUGCCUGGGACUCCAGCUCCCAUCAGCCUGCCUUGCCUAAGAGGACUCCAGGUUCCAGCUGCUAGGUUUACUUAGGACUCCAGGUCUCAUCUGCCUGGCCUGCCUGAGACUCCAGCUCCCAUCCACCCAGCUUGCCUGGGACUCCAGCUCCCAUACGCCUCGUCCCCCCUCAGAUUCCAGCUCCCAGCUGCUAGGUUUACCUGGGACUCCAGCUCCCAUCAGCUUGCCUGCCUGAGACUCGAGGUUCUAGCUGCUAGGUUUACUUGGGACUCCAGGUCCCAUCCCCCUGGGCUGCCAAGGAUUCCAGCUCCCAUCUGCUUGGCCUGCCUGAGACUCCAGCUCCCAUCCAUCCAGCUUGCUUGGGACUCCCAUCUGCCGGUCUGCCUGAGACUCCAGGUUCCAGCUGUUAGGUUUACUUGGGACUUCAGGUUCCAUCUGUCUGGUCUGCCUAGGACUCCAGCUCCCAUCUACUUGGCCUGUGUGGGACCCCACCUCCCAUCUGCCUCGCCUGCCUGAGAUUCCAGCUCCCAGCCGCUAGAUUUAACUGGGACUCCAGCUCCCAUCUGUCCGGCUUGCUUGGGACUCCAGCUCCCAUCUGCCUGACUUUGCUGGGACUCCAGCUCCCAUCCUUUCUGUUUGGCUCGUAUUCCUGCUCCCAUCUGCCUGGCUUGUCUGAGACUCCAGCUCUUAUCUGCCUAGCUCCUGUAGGUGCUGAAUAUCUGAAAGUACUCCAGUUCCCAUCUGCCUGUCACUUGCAGGCAUUGGGCCAGUUAAGAACAAAAAUUCAGCAAUGAGAAGGUUAUGGACUCCCAUUUCACAUGACCUGUGGAGGAAAUGACCAGAAAUUGAAGCAAAUAAAAAGAUGUCGAGAGCCUGAAGACAAGACCGGCAAAGAACAGGAACAUGCGACCCAAAGAUCCAAAAAUUGUCGCCAAGUUCAAAAAAGUAACUGGAAUUCCCACCACCUAUUAAUCGCUUCUCAAAGGGCACGCUCAAGGGAUAUUCGGACGCCAUGACGGUCACCCUUGUCUGCGAUCCCUCCGAAGCCACGGAGCUGUGCGCGGCUCAGCAGCUUUACCUGAAGCCGGUGGCGAAACUGACAAUCAGCGUGGUACUUCCGGAACACACCGGCUCUACCCGGGCUUUCUCCAAGUGGGAAGUGAUGGACAAGCUGAAAAACAUCAUCUCCCCGGACCAGUUGACCAGCGUGAAGGUCUCGAAGAGCACCAAGGCCUUCAUCCGCUUCGAAGGAGAAGCCGAAACCAAGCGUUUGGUCUCCAGCCUGAAGGAGAAGCUCCACGGCCAGCUGAUCAAGCUGAACGGAUUUAAGGAAGACCUGCGGGUGGUCGCGACGGAAGCCCCUCCCGACGGCCCACCCGCUCAGGAAUCCGAGCCCCAGGCCAAGACCCGAAAACAGCUGGAGGAGGAAGAGCAAAGCCAGGUGGUUCCCGACUGCGUCUACCUGGAAGGCCUGCCCUGCAAGUGGUUCGCCCCCAAAGGUUCGGAUAGCGAAACCCCCAGCGAGGAGGUCUUGAGGGCGGUCUUUGGCACUUUCGGGGAGAUCAAGAACAUCGACAUCCCCAUGCUGGACCCCUACCGGGAAGAAAUGGUGGGGAGAAGCAGGAAUCACUUCGUUUUCCGUGGGAUGAGGUCCUUCGAAGCCUUCGUCCAGUAUCAGGAGCCCGAAUCGUUCGCCAGAGCCAUGGAGGCGCUGAAAGGCAUGAAAUUGAUGUUCAAAGGGGACGACGGGAAAGCUCUGGCGUGUAACAUCAAGGUGACAUCCGACGCCACUAAUCAUUUCAGUGAGAAUGCUAUAAAACAGAGAACCCUAGAAAGAUUAACCCUCCAAGGCCUAGAGCGAGAGAGAAAGAGAGAGGAGAACAGAGGCAGAAAAGGGACGGAAAGAAAAAGACGGGAAGAGGAGGACAAGAAAGGUGGAGAAGGACGGCGGAGGUCUAAGAUCAAGAGGCGAGAAAAAAGGCGCAUCGACCGAGAGGAGAAACGCCCCAGGAAGCAUUUGAAAGCAACAGCUGCAGAAGGACUCAAUUCCCCAGACCUGCCUGAAUGGGAGGAGAGAAAAUACAUCUUAGCUCAGAGAAGGGUGGAGUCAAUUAGGCUCCUCACAGUGCUGCUAAGCCAAAUAAAAAACUUUGUGCUGUCCUCCGGGCAAGCAGAGGCCCAUCUUCCGGAACCUCAACCUGAAGAGGAGAAGGUUUCCUCCCCCGCUCCCGUAGAGGACACACGCAAGGAGGAGACAGAUGUGCCUCACCUUGAACAUCCGGCAGCAGAGGAUGAGACUCAGCCUGCCUAUCCUUCUGCCCUGCUGGAAAAUGUCACCAUCGAAGAAGAGAAAGAAGAACAAUUCCUGGCUGGAGACUCCCCUCCUUCCUUUAGAAAAGCGCUUUCAAACGAACCCGCUGCGAGGGCCGUCACCAGCCACUUAACGGAGAACGUUGCCCACCCCUUUCGCGCCGGGGGUUUGCUGCAAGUGACGGUCACUCAGGACUGCCAAGCGAUCGAGUCGUCCCCCGACAGGUGGGCUUACCUGAGACCCCACUUGAGGUCCUUCGCGGAUGCUCCCUGCGUAGCCAAGCCUAAGAAGCAAAAGGUUUACGAAACGGAGGAAUUCAUACAUUAUUUACUGAACUACUACCAAACGCCCCGAUACGCACGAAUCUGUCCCAGCGCACAAAGCCCGUCGGAUACGUCUUGGUGGAACAGGGUGGUGUCUUGUUCUGGAGACGGCUUCCGGGUCAAACUGAAGAACAGAGAUGAAGACUGCUGGACGGACGAGAGUUUAGGAUCGGAUCUUCCGGAAAACGAGCCCCGAGAAGAUGACGAGGGUGACCCCUGGGAGAUAAUUGACGGACGGUCUGAGCCCGCAGAAGACCAGGCAUGCCCUCAAGAGUUUAGCGAAAGCUACCAGGGAGAAUGGGACGAUUCCCUGGAGGAGGACAGUGUCGGCUCCCCGCCGGAUAUCUUGCGUAGCCCCAUCCCAGGAGGACGCAACAAUAUCUCUCGCCCGAAAACCUCCCAAGAACAAACAACCGAAAUGACCGCUUUGUCGUCUCCCACUAUGUAUAAACUGAAAGACCUGCUGGAAGAGAUCAGCAGCGAUUCGGAAUAUUUCAGCGAGGCGCUUAACGAAACCCGGAACCCGUCGGAACAAAGAAACGGCGGCUACCAAGGCAGCUGCAAGACGUGGACUCUCCACCACAACCAGCAAAAGGCCAAAGAACUCUUGAUACGCGUCCAGAACGUGGGCUGCGAGGGCCACGACGGGAGACGUAACGCCCGCAGCUUCUGUUCCGGUGCAGAAUGCUGCGACUCCCCUGCAAUGAAGCCCAAGACGAGGUUCAAGAGAUCCGGCGGCAAACUCUGGUACGAAGAGCCGAAAAUCCAAUGGCUGUCCAGCGAAGAGGAGAGGGACCUCAGCAGGAAGAAGAAGAAGAAGAAGAGGAAAAGGUUCUCAGACAGUUCCUUCCCGGAUGAGGAGGCGCAAUUCCUCGAAACCAACCACCGCAGAGAGUUGGAAGCCUUCAGCGAGAUCCAGAGGAAAUGUAGCAAGCUCAUCCAUCGCAAAGCAAAAUGUAAGACUCUCCGGCCCUUGGAGGGGACCUUCGAAAUCAAAGACCUCAUCCAUUUCAGUGCCUCUCCAUCGCAGGAGGAAGCCCAACAGAUGACGACGGGUAAGGGGAACCUGGACGUUGGCGAGAGAAGGCACAAAGCCGACGACCGGCAGCGACUUUCCAGGCGCCUGGUGGAAAGGUGAUAAUAAGAGUUGGCAGCUCAGGGAUGGAGUAGAAACGGCGGGAGACGUAGGCGGAGGAUCGUGGCAUCCAAAGAACUCGAUGGAUAAAGCAAGUCAACAAGAAGACACACACACCCCUCAACUCUUUUGAGUUCCUUGCCUUUCUCCCUUGCUUUGCAGGGUCCUUUCCUAUUGGAGAAGCAUCUGGAAACGGUUCGCCAAAGGGUGUCCUUUGGUUUCCUGUCAUCCAGCUCAGCUCGUGCCUGGACUCCUCCAUCUUUGGGGGCAGACCUUGGGGGGGGGGACGGGGCAGGGGCGGGGAGGAUGCUAGUUUGGUUGAUUCCGACGGGAUGGCAGGGACCUUGGAAACGAUUGGAGUAGAAGUUCAUAUUAAGUCGUUUUAUACAACCCCUCUAAAAGGGCUUCACUGCAGAGCCCGAACUUUGAUAAUAUUGCCUUGAGGGUUGGUUGGAGUGUGUGUGUGUGUGUUUUUGUUUAGCUUUGGUUGUGCUGGGUGUGUCCUCUGCAUGCUGGAAAAGGAAGAGCAGCGUGGGUGAGACACCUCAUCGCGUCAUCAAAAUAGGUGGCAGGGUGUCAGUUGACCGGAUUUGAGGUCCUUACAAACCCCUCUCUUUUUCCUUUUUUUUUUGGAGCGGCUUUACAAUUCAGAAACUCGUGUGCGGGUCACCCAGCAGUUCCAAGAAAUCUUGGUUUCAAAUCCCCCCACCCCAAUUCAAAGGCCGAGCAUCUCCCUCAAUAUUGUCAGAAAGAGAACUGGGCGGGAGAGAGAAAAUACUAAUAUUUGUAAUAAGGCAGAGAAGAAAGAGGUUUGAUAACUUAAAACGACCAAAAGAAAAAGAAAAAGUGAGAUUAGAAAAGCUUUAUCCAGGAUUGCACAUUGGUGAAAUUCUGUCUGAUCUCUGCCAUUUCCUGAUUCCCCCCCUAACCCCACCUUUGGAAAAACUGGGUAACCAAGAUAACCCAGAGUUUCAACCAGCUUACCUUAUUCUGCCCCCAAAAAUAAAGUUUUGUGUUGACUCAUCCAUUUUUCUGAUUUGAGGGGGAAAAAACAACCGCUCUUUAAUCUCAUGGAGUGAAGAUGACCUUCAGAAUUGCAGGGCUCCACCAAUUCUCCCUGCACUACUGCUCUAAAUAAUCCCUUGAAAACUGGCAGAAGGAACGCUGAUAGGAUGAAGGUACCCUUCCCAUGUACCGGACUGACAGCAUCUUUGGAGAAGGGGUUUAAAUGGGCAGAAACUGGAAAAAGCGUUCAAUCUAACUAGCGUUUUCAGCUUGCAGCUUUCGUCCAUUUGAUCCCCUUCGGCUCCCUGUCUGAGCACUUUCGUGUUUUUAAAAAAAACACAUCGAGAGCUUAUGUGGCAAUUCUUCUUCAUUGCCAUCCACUUCGAUCCUGAUUUAAUGGACUGUGCCCAGAACAGGGGUCUCCAACCUUGGCGACUUUAAGCCUGGUGGACUUCAACUCUGGUGGACUUCAACAAAGCUGGCUGGGGGAUUCUGGGAGUUGAAGUCCGCCAGGCUUAAAGUGGCCAAGGUUGGAGACCCCUGGCCCAGAAAGUUAAGAGUUUUGCACCUGAGAUAGGUAAGAACUCGUAUUCAGCUCCAGGGAAGUCCUUCUGAGGCCUCCUCCAGUGUGGGUCUUCCCUUGCUUUGUCGGGCGUGCUGCCGAUUUAGUGACAAACCAAGGUGGGUUUCGGGUGGGUUUCUUCGUAGGAAGGCCCCGAAGACUCAACGUGGGGUGGGGGGGCCUUCUUGGCAUCCCGUUGAACAAAAGUUGGUUUGAACAGUAAAACGGAGUUACGAAAGUUUCUUUGUUGAUGUUUGGGAAUCCCCAUUAGCAAGACAAAGCCUCCAGGUUGGUGGUAUUAGUUGCUGGAAACAAACACGGGUGAAAAAAUACCCACUAAAUUAAAGGGACACCCCCCCCCCCCGUCUUAAAUGGCCGUCACCAAAUUUGGUGAUUUGGCAGUUCUCGGAGGGUGCAAAUGGUCUCAGCCUGGAUCGCAGGACCGUAAUUCCAUGCAGAGAGGGUGGGGGGAAAUAAACAAGACCUUUUGGUUCCAGUUUCCGCUUCACUUUAAACGUGAUUUAUUUAUUCCAUGUCAUUGUACUUUUUCGUGAUACGACUUAGCUAGCGAUAACGUUUGUUAUAAACUUUGGCUCCGAUAAAAGUAGUGACGAAACCCAAAAGUACGCAGGGAUUUUUCUGUGCUUAAGACCCGUGUCCUGCUGGUCAUCGGUGGUGGUUCCUUUCGGCUUUUGAAAGCCCCGACUUUAAAACUUUGUAACGCUAACCUUUUCUUCUUUGCUCUGGUGAGGGAAAAGAAAUUCGUUUCCUGAGCGGGUGAGUGACAAGUAUUUUUCUCUAUAAAGAACUUUUUUGUACUUGCAUUGUUUCUUAGCCCUCUGGAUUCCAAUGGAAAGUUAGCUGUGAAUAAAACUUGUUUUAUAAGAACAUC